AUGGGCUCUUUGUGACUGACUACUUCACCCGCACACCACGCAAGCUCAGCCCUUUCCGCUCCUUUGCCAGCAUUGAGCUCUUCCACUUCCAUAUCCCAGAGGACACUGUCAUUGCUGUAUGGAACCUCAUCACCUUCAAGGAGCAAGGUGGCACCUUUGGGGACCAAUGCCCAGACCGUAGCAUCACCGUGUAUUUCCGCUCAGGGGCUCCAUCCGUCAUUAACCCACUGCACACGCACUUCCCCAGGGACACGGCUGUCCCCGGCUCCUUCGCACUGACCCUCACCUGGACCCUGCCCAACCGCACCACAGGGGUGUUUAAUGUCACCAGCCCGCUGCCUGGGGACUGGUUCCUGGCUGCCCACCUGCCCAAAGAUGAAGGCAAGAUCUCCGUCAAGGGGCUCUACGAGGAGUGCCAGUAUCUCUUCCAGCCACAGCUCAUUGUACAGCGCCUGGUGAACAUCGCUGUGCUGUAUCCCGGACAUGUCACCGAGCAGAGCAUGGCCCCCCACAACCGCUCCUCCCUCUACAAGGUAUUUGUGCCCAGCUACACAUCACGAGUGCUGGUGGAGGUCCUGCAGUGCCGCGGGGCUGAGGGCUGCCCACUCUGGCUCCGCAUGCGGGCCAAGGCUCCCCCUCUGCACAACUCCACGACACUGGACUGCCGGGAACACACUCCCUGCCAGCUGGCACAGGACCUGCCCUUCUGGCAGCACUGGUACUACGUGCUGGUGGAGAAACACCCUGGAGUGCCAGGCACAGUCUCCUUCCAGGUCACUGUGCAGCUCACAGACUGUUCCCGACCCAGCCUGGCCCGGCCACCCUUCCUGCCUUCCAGCACCUCCAUGAACAUGCCCCACUCCUUCGGCUCUGUGGGUGGGCUGGCGCUGGGGGACAGCCCUCCACCCACCAGCCCCAAUGGCACAAAGCACCCGGUGCCCAUCCCCAUCGCCUCUCCCACCAGUGAGCGUGAGCGGUGCUGGCCUGUCCGCCCCACCCUGCGCAAUGAGUUGGAAACCUUCUCUGUCCACUUUUACAUCUUCUUCGGGCCCAACGUGUCAGUGCCCCCUGACCGCCCUGCUGUCUUUGUCAUCAACCUCCUCCCGGUUCUGGACAGUGGUGGAGUGCUCAACCUGGAGCUACGGCUCAAUGUGGUGAGGUGGCCACAUGUGAUGGGAUUUGGGUGCUCCUGGCACAGGGGUACUCUGUCCGUGUCUCAGCUCUGCCCAGGGCAGGAGUCUGCAACCUGCCCUGCUCACCCAGAGCUCUCCUGGCCCACAGAGUCCCUGGCAGGCUUCCUGCUCUCCGUCAAUGCCACGGCCAGCAUCAGCCGCCUGCGGAUCCCCUACCCACAGACAGGCAGCUGGUACCUGAGCCUGCGCUCACUCUGCGCCACGGAGCAUGGGUUUGAGCCCUGCACCAAUGUGACAGCUGAGGUGUACCUGCGUGCCUACCUCUCACCCUGCAUCAACGACUGUGGCAUCUACGGCCAGUGCAAGCUGCUGCGUACCAACAACUACCUGUAUGCUGCCUGCGAGUGCAAAGCUGGCUGGAAUGGUUGGGGCUUGUGCCUCAGCAAUGUCAUGUUUGUGCCUCCCGUGGCCAUUGCUGUCCGCAGCCACUACCUCCUGGAAGCUGCUGUCUACAUCUUCACCAUGUUCUUCUCCACCUUCUACCACGCCUGUGACCAGCCAGGCAUUGUGGUGUUCUGCAUCAUGGAGUACGAUGUGCUGCAGUUCUGUGACUUCUUGGGCUCCCUGAUGUCUGUCUGGGUUACUGUCAUUGCCAUGGCCCGGCUGCAGCCCGUGGUCAAGCAGGCAAUGGACCGCCACGGGCUCUGGACCCUGCUGGGGCCCAGCCUUUUUGCAUUGGGGAUCAUGGCCGUUGCUUGG